ACCACCUUCAGUGAUCAAGCAGGCCGAGCUCACAACUUUGACAAGUCGUUGUAUCUGCCAGUCUUUGUUAACAAAUUCUUCGAACCAACAGAAAUGCCAUCUGAUCAGUUCUUUGCAAGGUGGAAAGCGCUUGGACAACCUUCUCAAGAGUGUCAGAAAAUUUUCCCAGCUAAAGUGUCUAUGGAACCGUCUUUGGUCACGCAGCGGCUUACUGGACUUGGCGCAAAGUUGCUGGCUGAUGUCGAUCCAAAUCCGGACAAUUAUGUUUGUGCGGGGAUAAUUCACACGCAAACACAGCAGAUUGGCACACUCAUCCGUUUGGAACCAAAUAAGCAAGCAAAGAUGUAUCGCUUGACAAUUCGAAGCAGCAAGGAUACCGUCUCUGCUUAUCUUGUGGAAGCGCUUGUUGAACAGUUCUAG